GUGAGUGUGUGUGUGUGUGUGUGUGUGUGUAGGGGUGUAAAACAAAGACAAACCUUGUUGUCCUCUGCUUGAGGGGUUGAUGGUCCUGAUGUGCCUGCAAUGGUGAUGAUGGCGGAUGGAGAGAGGCAGAAGCCACAGCUGGAACCAGAGCUGGAGCUCAGGACCAGCCCAGGAGAUGCAGGCUCGACCCAGUUGAUGUCCAGCUAUGAGAGCCUGGGAGAUGGCCAAGGGCAGGACCUCAGUCUGGCCAGGAGUGACCCAGGCUUCCCUCCAGCCAAGAGCAGCAGCAGCAUCAUCAUCAAGGACGGCGCCCGCCAACGUCGGCAGCGGAAGAAGACGGUGUCCUUCAGCAGCAUGCCCAGCGACCGGAAGAUCAGCAGCACGGCAGCCUGCAUCUCCGUCAUGCUGGAGGGCUGCGCCAUGAAGAAGGUCCGGUCUAACUCCCGGGUCUACAACCGCUACUUCCUCCUGGACUCCGACCUCAGGGCCCUGCGCUGGGAACCGUCCAAGAAAGACUCCGACAAGGCCAAGAUCGACAUCAAGUCCAUCAAGGAGGUGCGCCUGGGCAAGAAGACUCCCGUCCUCCGCAGCAACGGGAUCUCCGAGCAGUUUGCGGAGGAGUGCGCCUUCUCCGUUAUCUACGGGGAGAACUAUGAGUCGUUGGACCUGGUGGCUGGCUCGGCCGACACGGUCAACACCUGGGUGAUGGGGCUGAGGUACCUGGUGUCCUACGGCAAGCACACUCUGGACCAGAUGAUGGACCGAGCAGAGCAGACCAGCCUCCGCACCUCGUGGCUGGAGACGGUGUUUCGGCAAGCGGUGGGCGAGGCAGACGGGCUCCCUCUGGCCCGGGCGGUGCAGCUGGUCCAGAGCCUGAGCGGAGGGACCAAGGCCACCAAGAUCGAGCUCAAGUUCAAGGAGCUCCUGAAGGCCAUGGACAAACCAGGCAGCGAGGUCAGCCUGGCGGCCUUCACGGAAGCCUACUGCGAGCUGUGCACUCGGCCCGAGAUCUACUUCCUGCUGGUGCAGUUCUCCAGCAACAAGGAGUACUUGGACUGCAAGGACCUGGUGCUGUUCGUGGAGACGGAGCAAGGCUUGGAGGGCGUCCUGGAGGAGACCUGCCUGGACAUCAUCCGCAAGUACGAGCUCUCGGAGGAAGGUCGGGAGAGGGGCUUCCUCUGUAUCGACGGCUUCACCAACUACCUCCUCUCCCCCGACUGCCACGUCUUCGACCCCCAGCACAGGAGCGUGUGUCAGGACAUGUCCCAGCCUCUGUCCCACUACUUCAUCAACGCCUCCCACAACGCCUGCCUCUCGGAAGACCACUUCUGGGGGUCCUCGGAUAUCAGUGGUUACGUGCGCGCCCUGAGGUCGGGCUGCCGAAGCUUGGAGCUGGUGGUCUGGGACGGACCGGGCAACGAGCCCGUGAUAUACAUGGGCCGUUCCACCGUGGGACAGUUGGCCUUCGGAAGCGUCAUCGAAGCCAUCAACCAGCACGCCUUCGUGGCUUCCGAUUACCCGCUCAUUCUCUGCCUGGUCACCCACUGCUCGGCCAAACAGCAGAGGGUCAUGGCUCAGCACCUCAAAAAAAUCCUGGGGGGUAGACUUCACACCGAGCCCCCAGCCCCGGACGAGAAUUACCUCCCGUCGCCGGACAAGCUGAAGGGCAAGAUUCUCCUGAAAGCUCUCAAGCUUCCUGGGGACUGCCCCGACUCCGAGGCCGAAAUCUCGGACGAAGAGGAAGGCGCGGAGAUGUGCCGGAGGAUGAGGACGAUGAUGGGGGAGGGGGAGAGGGAGGGCGAGUCGGGAGAGACGCCCGACCGGAAGCUGCGUCUGCGCAGGGAGCUCUCCGACCUGGUCAGCCUGUGCCACUCGACACGGUUCCGGGGCUUCGAGGCUUCGAAACGCGGCCAGAAAUACUGGGAGACCUGCUCGUUUGACGAGGUGCUGGCCAGCAAGUUCGCCAACGAGUUGCCCGAGGACCUGGUCAACUACAACAAGAGGUUCCUGUCCAGGGUGUACCCCAGCCCCAUGAGGAUAGACGCCAGCAACGUGAACCCCCAGGACUAUUGGAAGUGUGGGUGCCAGAUGGUGUCCAUGAACCAGGAGACCCCUGGGCUGAUGAUGGACCUCAACGCCGGGUGGUUCCAGCAGAACGGAAACUGCGGCUACGUCCUGCGGCCGGCCAUCAUGAGGGCCGAGGUGUCCUACUUCAGCGCCAACGCCAAGGACUCGCUGCCGGGCGUCUCGGCCCAGCUUCUGCACAUCAAGGUGAUCAGCGGGCAGCACCUGCCGAAGCCCAAGGGCUCGGCCGCCAAGGGCGACGUGGUGGAGCCUUACGUGUGCCUGGAGAUCCACGGCAUCCCCUCGGACUGCGCCGAGCAGCGGACCAGGACGGACGGGCAGAACGGCGACUGUCCCGUGUUCGACGAGAGCUUCGAGUUCCAGAUCAACCUGCCCGAGCUUGCCGUGCUGCGAUUCAUGGUGCUGGACGACGAUUACAUCGGGGACGAGUUCAUCGGUCAGUACACCGUGCCCUUCGAGUGCCUGCAGCCCGGCUACCGGCACCUGCCCCUGCAGGCCCUGGGCGGGGAGGUCCUGCCUCAUGCCACCCUCUUCGUCCACGUGGCCAUCACCGACCGCCGGGGAGGGGGCAAGCCCCACAAGAGGGGCCUCUCCGUGCGCAAGGGCAGGAGGGCCAGGGAGUACACCGCCACCAAGACCGUGGGCGUCAAGGCCGUCGACGAGGCGUGUAGAGCCGCCGCUCAGCCCCUGAGGGAAGCCACCGACCUCCGGGAAAACGUCCAGAACGCCAUGGUUUCGUUUAAGGAGCUGUGCGGGCUGACGCCUGUGGCUAACAUGAAGCAGUGUGUGCUGACCCUGUCCUCCUGGCUGCUGAACGGCAGCGACAACGGCGUGUCGGUGACGGUGGACCUCAGCGAGGAGUACCCCUCCAUGGAAGCCCAAGGACCGGUCCCCGAGCUCCUCAAGAAGGUUUUGGCCGCGUACGAGACGAUGGUGCAGGCGAGUAAGACGCUGAUCGAUUCUGCGGAUGGUGUGUACGUGAAGAUAAUGCAGGCGCAGAGGGCCGGUCUGGAUUUCCACGAAGAUUUGCACAGAAUGGGAGCGAAGGAGGGGCUGAAAGGGCGGAAGCUGCAGAAAGCUUUUGAGAGCUUUGCGUGGAACAUCACCGUACUGAAGGGACAAGCGGAUCUGCUGAAACAAGCCAAGAGCGAGGCGUUGGACAACAUCAGGCAGAUCCACUACACAGCGCUGUCGUGUGGGAUCAGUAAGAAUGGCUCAGCGUCUCCCGACCUGUUCAGACCCCGGACAGCCCUGGACGCCAUCCCUGAGAGUGAGAGCACAAGUGACACCGGCUCCUACUGACCGCCCGCCAGCUCUCACAGUGACGAGGGACCGAG